AUGAAUAUAGUCGAAGAAGGCGCAAUAGCGCACGUGGAACAGCAACGAGAUAGUAGUCCUGGGAACAUCGACGUUGAGAAGGGACGGGGUGAGGAGCUGGACUUUUGCGCCACGGGACUUUACAACAAGAAGGAAAAGGAUCUACCGCCGUUGAAAGGGUUGUCGUUUCUGGACCAGUUUUUGGUACUAUGGAUUCUCGUUGCUAUGGGUGUUGGCAUUGCCAUUGGUAACACAGUCGACACUGCCGGACCUGCGUUACAGAGGGGCGAGUUUGUAGGUGUUAGUAUACCAAUUGCCAUUGGCCUCCUUGUCAUGAUGUACCCCAUCUUAUGCAAAGUCCGCUACGAAACACUACACCUCCUACUCUCGCACAAAGCUCUCUGGAUACAAAUCGGCAUCUCCUUCGUCUUGAACUGGAUCAUCGCACCGCUUUUCAUGGUUGGCCUGGCGUGGGCGUUCCUCCCGGAUCGUCAGGACCUGAGAGAAGGAUUGAUCUUCGUCGGCAUUGCACGUUGUAUCGCGAUGGUGCUCAUCUGGACGGAUUUGGCAAAAGGAGACGGAGAUUACUGCGCUGUGCUCGUGGCCUUCAACUCGAUACUCCAGAUCGUUCUCUUUGCACCUCUUGCAAUCUUUUACGUUCAGAUCGUCAGUCAUGGUGCAAAGACGAACGUCUCGUAUGAGAAAGUUGCGCAAAGUGUUGGUGUGUUCUUGGGGAUACCGCUUGGUGCAGCAGUCCUCACGCGGUUGGCAUUGAGAGCCAUCAUUGGUGAGGAGAGUUACCAACGACGCUUCCUCCGGUAUAUUGGGCCUCUCUCCCUGAUUGGUCUUCUGUACACGAUCAUUGUGCUGUUCGCCAGCCAGGGUGCGCAUGUCGUCAGGCAGAUCACGGACGUCUUGCGGAUAUGCGCACCGCUAUUGGUGUACUUCCUUGUCCUUUUCUCGGUCACAGUCUGGUUCUGCUACAAGAUGGGUUUCGAGUACAAGCUUAGCUGUGUCCAAGGUUUCACAGCAGCGAGCAACAACUUCGAGCUUGCCAUUGCCGUAGUAGUUGCGGUGUACGGUGCCUCGAGUGGGCAAGCGUUGGCGAGUACUGUCGGUCCGUUGAUUGAAGUUCCGGUGCUUGUCAUCCUGGUGUAUGUCCUACAAUGGUUAAGGAAGCGAUGGCAGUGGGCCUAA